AUGGCUCAAAAACCCAGAUGGGGCGAAUUGGAGGAAGAAGCUGAUGGCGGUGAUUAUGACGAUUUGUUGCCGCCGAAACAGAUUACCACCACCACACGCAUCCAUAAAAUCGCUAAUGCUCGGCUGAGCAAGCGCGCCAUGGAGAGGUGUUCUUGGCCUAAGUUCGGUGAUGCCGUUCAAGAGGAUGUCGGCGCCAAACUCACCAUGGUUUCUACCGAGGAAAUCAUCUUUGAGCAACCAAGGGCUCCAGCUCUGCUGAAGAAACAAGGUGCUUUUGCCAAAGGUCAGACAAAAACGGCUCCUGUAGAGGAGGAAGUUCCACCUUUGCUUGGAGAAAAUGGAAAAAUUGAGGAGGACCAAAAAACAGCUGUUCAACAAACUACUUCAAUGUUCAACUCUAUAAAAUGCAAACCUGUUCAGUCUGGAGUACCUGUAAAAUUCUCUAGAGAAGGAAAAGAGAGCUUAGCUUUCUGGCUUGCACUUGGUGGAAAACAAAGCUACUCAAGUAGCAAAGUAACACAGGAAAUCAUCCGUGAACCUCACUUGUUUGAAGUAAUAAGCAAUAAAGGAAAGUUAGAGAUUGAAGAAAUUCACAGCUUUGAACAAGAUGACUUGUUUCCAGAGGAUGUCUUGAUAUUAGCUACAUGAUUUUUAGGGAAUAUUUGAAUGAAGCAGUUACAGAAAUAUUGCAGAAAUCCCAACAAACAUUAUUUUUAAA